CGUUUUCGUGGGUGUUUUCCCUUUCCGUCAAGUGCGAUGUAAAAGGUAGUAGACGCCGCGCAAGUGAGGGAUCACAAAGAAAAACGACGAUCCCGCUCAAGUUCCAUAUAUUUUUGUCUCAUUCGGGUGGCACGGCGACGGUGGCGUGAGAAACUAGUCUCCCAUUUAGAUACCGGGAAUGACGCCAGCCCUGAAAUCGCUCCUUAGAUUGCAUUUGCUCUGCUUGUUCGCCUCCUUACUGGAGCAUUGGACUUGCAUCUGCGUCGCAGGCCCGGGGUUAGCUGUCGACGCCGUAGCGUCACGACCGAGCAACACCGACCUGGUUGAUGUUUCCCAAAACGACCCGGGCAGCAGCCGCGACAAAAGCUAUGACAGGCUCGCCGUGACACAGCCUUCAUGUCGCAGUGGAGCUGCAGGAAGUCGAAAUAAAGCAAAGCCGCUUUCGAGGUUUUUCAGGAGGCCGAAAAAAACUCUGCUUCCUGCAGCGGUUUGCUUCCUCCUCUCUGUGCCGCUAGGAGGAGCCAGUGCCAGUGGACCUCAAGAUCCCGUGCCGCGCAUCAAUGUUGUCGCACUCGGCGACUCUGCACUCUCGUCGGUCUCCGAGAGCUUCGCGUCACUAUCUCUCGCCGAGCAGCAACCUGCGAACUUUCAUGGCUCAGAUCCAUCCACCGAGACCACGACGCUGCUGCCAGCAGAGCUUGACAGAGCAAUCGAAAACGAAGGGCCAGGAGGCGAAGAUGAAAAACCUCACUCGUCCGCUUCCGCGAACCGUCCGAAGCGUCGCGGGAAAGCCCCCGCUGCUGCUUUUGCCACUACUAGAACGACAUCGGUUCGAAAGCCUAGCACAAGUGCGCCGACGGUGGCCUCCCCAAGCAAGGUUGCCGCCAGUAGUACCGGGGACGAUGAACAGGCAAACGGUGAAAACGCCCCUCGCGACGACGCGGAAGCAGGAAGCGACAACCACCACCUUGCUUCUUCCAAUACUGUGUCCCAAAACACUAAUGGGAGUUUAACAUCAGGCUCCCAUGAAGCAGUAGGAGAUCAUGAGGAGGUUACCAAGACGGCAGUGUCGAAGUCAGCAACUAGAAAAACUGGAACUGAAACGGAAACGCGGACACAAACGACAACGACACGAACCAGAACUUCCACCACCAGCACGACCACGACGGACAAGUACGCGGAAGCUGUGAACGAUCGGCAGUUUUCCGCGGAGCAGGCGGCGCAGCUGAAGGACUUGGAGAAGCACAUCGGGGAGUUGCUGAAGCGGCUCGACGACCGGGAGGGGGGCGAGGCCAGCUGGACGGGGUUCAGUCUCCCGGGGGCCAACGACGAGCAAGACACCACUUCCGGGGUGCACAUCGGGCCCUGCUUCCCGGUCCCCGUGAUCCGCCGCAUGCUGAGUCAGGGCCUGUCCGGCGCCCGGCUGAGUCGGAAGGUGCUGGGCACUCUGUCGGCGUUCGCGCCCCUGUUCGCGCAGACGCGGGACCGGUUGUCCGAAUUCCAGCAGCUGCAGAUCUCCGUGGCCGAUCUGGAGCUGUUCCUCAUGCCCAUGCUGGAACGGCUGAAGGCGAUGGAGGAGGGCAAGAUCACGGGAUUACACGCGGAAGACGAACUGUUCCGCCUGUCGGUCGGGUAUGUGGGACUCUUCACCGGCCUGACGUCGCCCGCGUUUCACUCGCUGGGAACCACCGACGUGGUCAUCUUUUACAUGAACAAAAACGCAGAAGAGCAAAAGGACCUCGUCGACAACGGAACUACAACGACCACGUUCAUGGCGGUUCCGCCGGGUUUGUCACCGGAAACCGUGGCGAAAAACGAAAUCCGGGAUGCGCACCUGAACAAUCCAAAUCCCAACGACCAGCAGCUGUGCCUCCGCGUGGAGGUACUUAUCGGCCCGAUGGUGGUCUUCGGUUAUAAUUUUCGAAAAAAAAGCGUACUCCUUCAGUUGCUUUCUUCGGCGAAAUAUGAUGUUGAACUAGAAAAGUAAAUCAGGUAGGAAGAUGCAGGAGCGAGUGGACAUUCCAUUCUAGCUCAGAGUUGUACUUCGGACAUGCCAUUGUGUUUGUCUUUGUAUCUCGAAAGGAAGACAGCAAGCGCAAAUCGACAUCAGGUUGACCCCGGGGUUUUGAUAAACCGUUGCUACGCGAGCGUUAUUCUCAUCGGCACUGUUGUGUCAAGCACCGUGUGGAUUUUGCACGAGUGCCGGUACCGCAGGUUGCACGAUCGGCUGUCGCUUACGACGAGGUACCUCUUUAGGAAACGAGACGGAAGCCGAUUCCUGAUGUGCUCACCGUGCAAUCGGAUUGCAUGCGAAAUUUAGAAGAAGUGGCUGGCGGUUCUGCAGUUCCGCGUACUUCGGAAACGAGAUAGUUCUAGACGAUGAACUCGUUGAUCUCGUCCUGAUGAGCAUAAACGCAUCAACUUUUUCUAUGAACACCAUUAGAGAUGAUGAAAUACAAAUAUGAACGUCUGUGAGCGCAUCAUGAACACGUUGUUUUUCCGUUAUGCUCCUUGGUCGGGAGGACCUGGCGGAUUCUAGCAACAUAUCCUGUGCAAAAGUAUCGUACUCGUACUAAUUGCAAUCAUGCGUGACAAAUCUUGUUUCUUAGCGAAAUCAGCAUUACAAAUUCCGUUUUUCCUUCUGGAAAAAUUUGUAUUGCGCUUUAUACUAGUACGAUACUUUUGCAAUGCAUACAACAGCCUGAGCAGCAAUUCGCGGCUGAGCGCCUCCGGCGCUCUCGCCCUCGCUUCGGGCUCGGCACCCUCGGCGAGCGGUGGACUAUUUGCACCCCGCAUGCCUUUCCACGACCGACCGCAGGAUAACGCCCUGCACCAUCACCUUCGGUCCCCCAGCAGCACCCGCGAAGGCACGGGCGACCUUCCCGUUCCUCGGGCACCGCUUUUCCAGCAGACCGAUGCCGAGGCGCCCCAGUCGGGAGAGGGCAGCCCCGACGUAGUACAUCUGGGACGUCGCACCGGAGGACCGUCGCAGUUCCUCGAAAACGCCAGCGCCGCGCCGCAACGGGGGCGAAACGCGUAUGCUACCGAUGGGUCGGCAGUCUACGGCUACGGAGCCGGCAGCAACUACGUGUACAGUGCGCCCGUCGAAGCGACGACCGGGCAGCAACUACAGCAGCCUUUUUUGUACUCAGUUUUGCCGCAAAGUCAGGACGCACAGCCACAGCUGCCCUUCGGGUAAGUGCUGACACCUUCUACUUUUUGACUCUGUUAGUUAAGAUAGAAAGAAGGCUGUGCUGCUGCAAAAAAAGCGUGUCAAAGUCUAGAUGGAGUUGCUCGGUGCUUCAUGCCUAAUUUUCACAAACCUAUACUCCGCUACUUUGUGUUUGUAGCAUCAGAUCAUAUAUUUAUAUUUCAAGGGAGUUUGCCGAUGCCCAAACGCCUGCGAUUCGUAGCUUUGUAAAGUAUUAAGUAUAAGAACGAAUUGCCUUUACUAUCAGCCCUGCGGCGUCAUUCGGUUCUCCGCCCGGUAGUCGAAAUGCCGCGGGACUAGGAUUUCUCAGCCCUCGGACGACACCCUCCGUCUACACAAGCGUAGGACCACUGGAUCAGGAGAUUCCGUAUAGCGCGCAGCCGGAACGUUUCCUUCGUGAAGAAGCAAGACACGAGGCCGCUGCGAUAUUUCUGCCACCACAAGCGCCCACGACUUCGGUCUUCGACGGCAGUGCCUUGGCGAGCAGCAGCAGCAGCAGUGGCCCGACCCCUCCUACCACACUAGCUUUACCGCCGGCACGACAAAAUUCGCCGCGACACGGGGCGCCCAGGCUAGCUCUGAGGAACCGCCGCACCACAGGCACUUCCGACGCCGGCCCAAGCGUGCCGAUGCUUGACGCAGUGGCAGAGGGCGAUGAAGUUGCAACAUCUCCGAUAGGGUAGAGUGACAGGGACAUGCAAGGGACUCCAAAAUGCAAUUUGUGAUUGUCUGGACUAAGCCUGAGUAAAUGUACCCCUCCUUUUUAUCGAAAAUGAAAUUGAAAAUCAGUUUGUAACUAUAGAAGUAGAGAGUGUGUUUCAUAUCUAUCUUUCCACCUUGGGAAACCUUCGUCCGCGUGACCAAAGGGCGGGGAAGACUAAAGUGUAGAAUCAUCGUACGAGUUUUGGCUCGUGCCCGUGUGGAAAUUAUAAAAGCUGUUGUUUGCAAAAUUUUCUAGAAAUACUUUGGAAGCUGGUGCCACUUCCUCCACGUGCAUAGCGCGGCACGUGUCGUUUGUUGAAAAUACAGAAACGUAAUAUACUGAGUCUGAUUAUUUCAAUUUGACAAAGCUCCCGCUAAGGCCCUGAAACUCCGGGCGUGUGGCGAACCCGUAGCGCACGGUGUAUAGAACCGGUAGGACG